GGCAGGAGACGGAGGAGAGAAGAGACGUGGAGUGCUGAGCUCACCUCUACAGCAGUGGUGGUUUUUAGGGGGUUGGUGGUUGAAGAUGAGCAGCCCGUGCCUGCUUCGGGCCGCCCCCAUCAGCCAACCCCGACUCAGGGAGGUCAGGAUCGGCCUGAAGUCCGGUGGUAGGGAGAACACGUCCAGAAUCCAGGAUGCCACCAGUCGGGACUACCCAACGACGCACCACGAGACACCUCUGCGGGUCGGGGUGAGCGCCGCCCGGAGCAGGAGCACCCCGCCGGUGCACCGUACCCCCAAAUAUGACACCAAGAGGGCCCCGAGGGGCGGCAGCAAGCAGCAGGAGCAUCACCUGGAAAAAAAUGGCACCCUCCUCCUGCAUGUGCCGCUCUCUCUACCGGGAAUCUCCCCCAUCUCAUCACUGUCAUCAUCCACCUGCACCCCUGGCCGUCGGCGCCCUUCUCCGGGUUCCCGCGCCACAGUUCACCCAUCCCCCUCCUCAUCCUCUUCCUCCUCGUCCGCCCGGAGCAUGAAACGGGCGCGCUGGCUGAGCACCAGCGCCUCCAACAUCUACUUCAACUCCAUCCUGGAUGGACGCUUCAGGCAGCUGCAAGACGAGCGAGAGGCGGUCCAGAUGAAGACGUUCACCAAAUGGGUCAACUCCAUCCUGUCUCGGGUCACUUGUCGCAUCUCCAACCUCUACUUGGACCUGUGUGACGGACGCAUGCUCAUCAAACUGUUGGAGGUGCUGUCUGGAGAAGACCUGCCCAAGCCCACCAAGGGCAGGAUGCGUAUCCACUGCCUGGAGAACGUGGACAAGGCCCUGCAGUUCCUCAAGGAGCAGCGGGUUCACUUGGAGAAUAUGGGCUCUCAUGACAUCGUGGACGGCAACCACCGCCUCAUUUUGGGCCUCAUCUGGACCAUCAUCCUCCGCUUCCAGAUCCAGGACAUCAUCAUGGAGACGGGCCAGGCAGACAAGAAGCAGACCCGCUCGGCCAAAGAUGCUCUUCUUCUGUGGUGUCAGAUGAAAACUGCGGGCUAUCCCAAUGUCAACAUCACAGACUUCACCACCUGCUGGAAAGACGGCAUGGCCUUCAACGCUCUCAUACACAAACACCGACCAGAUCUGGUGGACUUUAACAAUCUGAAGCGGUCUAAUCCAACACACAACCUCCACAAUGCCUUCAGCGUGGCAGAGAAACAACUAGGCGUGGCCCAACUUUUAGACCCAGAAGAUGUGUUCACAGAGAACCCAGACGAGAAGUCUAUCAUCACGUAUGUGGUGGCCUUCUACCAUUACUUCUCCAAGAUGAAGCAGCUGGCCGUCGAGGGCAAGAGAGUUGGAAAAGUCCUGGACCACGCCAUCGAGACGGAGAAGAUGAUUGACAAGUACGAGACGUUAGCGUCGGACCUGCUGGCGUGGAUCGAGCAGACUGUCGUUGUGCUCAGCAACCGCAAACUGGCCAACUCGCUGUCUGGGGUUCAGCAGCAGCUUCAGGCCUUCAACACCUACAGAACUGCAGAGAAGCCGCCCAAGUUUCAGGAGAAAGGGAAUCUGGAGGUUCUGCUUUUCACCAUCCAGAGUCGUAUGAGGGCCAACAACCAGAGGGUCUACACACCCAAAGAGGGAGCGCUGGUUGCUGAUAUCAACAGGGCAUGGGAGCGACUGGAGCGGGCUGAGCAUGAGCGAGAACAAGUCCUGAGGGAUGAGUUGAUUCGUCAAGAGAAGCUGGAGCAGAUGGCGAGACGGUUCGAUCGGAAGGCGGCCAUGAGGGAGACGUGGCUCCUGGAGAACCAGCGAUUAGUAGCUCAGGAUAACUUCGGCUACGACCUGCCAGCAGUGGAAGCGGCGAAGAACAAGCACGACGCCAUCGAGACGGACAUUGCCGCCUACGAGGAGCGCGUUCAGGCCCUGGUGGCCAUCUCCAAGGAGCUGGAGGCUGAGCGCUACCACGACGCCAAGCGGAUUGACGUGAGGAAAGACAAAGUCCUGCGCCUGUGGGACUACCUACAGGAGCUGAUCAAGGCCCGUCGGGGCCGCCUGGACAAGAACCUGACGCUGCAGAGGCUCUUCCAGGAGAUGCUCUACAUCAUCAGCUGGAUGGACGACAUGAAGGCUCGUCUGAUUUCGCCUGACUUGGGGAAGCACUUAGUGGAAGUGGAGGACUUGCUAGAGAAGCAUGCUCUGGUGGAGAACGACAUCGCCCUCCAGGCAGAAAGAGUCCAGAACGCCAGUGCUGCUGCCCUCAAGUUCGCUAACGGAGACAGUUACAAGCCAUGCGAUCCCCAGGUGAUACGAGACAGGGUGGAGCACCUGGAGCACUGCUUCCAGGUGCUGCGUUCCCUGGCGGCUCAGCGCAGGGCCCAGCUUGAGCAGUCCCGCUGCUUCUGGAACUUCCUGGGGGAGGUGGCAGAGCUGGAGAGCUGGAUCAAGGAGAAGGAGCACAUUUUCUCCUCCCUGGACUAUGGCAAGGACCUGACAAGCGUGCUGGUUCUCCAGAGCAAGCACAGCGCCUUCGAGGAUGAGCUGGGAGCACGCCGUGCCAACCUCCAGCAGGCGUUGAGCGAGGGAGGGAGGAUGAUCCAGGACAAACACUUUGGCUCACCCAAAAUCCAAGAACGCAUGAACAGCAUCAAGAGGCAGUGGCAGCAGCUGGAGGAGCUGGCAGCAUUCCGGAAGCAGAACCUCCAGGACACCCAGAAGUUCUUCCAGUUUCAAGGGGACGCUGACGAGCUCAAGGCCUUGCUGCUGGACGCCAAGAGGCAGAUGAGCAGCGACGAUGUGGGCCAUGACGAGUACACCACCCAGCGGCUCCUCAGGCAGCACAAUGACCUGAGGAACAAAGCCAUGAAGUAUGGAGCCACCGUCGAUGCUCUGUCCAAACAGGCCAACGCUUUACCAGAAGAGCUUCUGAACACUCCAGACAUACAGAGACGCCUGAAAGACAUCAAGGACCUCUUCAUGGACCUCAUGUCUCUGGCGGACGUCAGGCAGAAGAAGCUGGACGACACCAUGGUGCUGUACACUAUCUUCAGUGAGACCGAUGCCUGCGAGCUCUGGAUGGGCCAGAAGCAGACGUGGCUGGUGGACUUGGAGGUGCCUGACAAGCUGGAUGACCUGGAAGUGGUCCAGAAUAGGUUGAGCAUUCUGGCUCAAGAUAUGGCCAACGUUCAGUCCAGGGUGGACGACGUCAACAAGGCGGUGAAACAGUUGGAGGAGAGCAGACACUCUCGAACCAAGGAGGUCAAAGAAUGUCAGACCAGACUGAAUAAAAGGUGGGACGCCUUCAAGGCCAUGGUGGAGGACAAGAAGAAGAAGGUGGAUUCUGCAGGAAGGCUACACAAUUACGGGCUGGAAUGUGACGAGACAGAAGCGUGGAUCCGAGACAAGACGUGUGUCAUCGAGUCCACGCAGGACUUGGGUAACGACCUGGCCGCUGUCAUGACCAUCCAGCGGAAGCUUUACGGCAUGGAGCGCGACCUGGCCGCCAUCGACUCCAAGCUCAACCUCCUGAGGGACGACGCAGACCGGCUGUCCAAGGAUCACCCGGAGAAUGCAGAGGACAUCUUGGCCCGCAGAGCUGAGCUAGAUGCUGCCUGGGACGCGCUUAAGAAGACCCUGAAGGACCGAGAGGAUUCAUUGGGCGAGGUCAGCAAGUUGCAGACCUUCCUCCAAGAUCUGGACGACUUCCAGUCCUGGCUUUUUAAGACGCAGAAGGCGGUGGCCUCUGAGGAGAUGCCCGCCUCGCUGCCGGAGGCCGAGGAGCAGCUGAGUCUUCACAACGCCAUGCGGGACGACAUCAACAGCCACGAGGAGGACUACCACCGCGUGAGGGACGCCGGUGCUCAGGUCACCCGCGGACAGGAGGACGACCCUCAGUACCAGCAGCUUGAGCAGACGUUGGCCGGCCUGGAUCGCGGAUGGUACGAGCUACAGAAGAUGUGGGACAGCCGCAAGAACUUCCUGGACCAGGGCCUGGGCUUCCAGCAGUUCCUGAGGGACAGCAAGGCGGUGGAGGCCAUCCUCAACAACCAGGAGUACACUCUGGCCCACGUGGACAAGCCUGACACCCUGGCCGGAGCAGAGAAGGCCCUGAAAAAGCACGAGAACUUUGUGAGCACCAUGGAGGCCAACCAGGACAAGAUCGAUGGAGCCCUCCAGGCGGGGAAGAGGCUGGUGGACGGCAACUUAUACUCCGGGAAAGUCCAGGACAAAAUGGACUCCAUCGGUGACAGGCAGAAGAAAAACCGAGCCAGGGCCCAGGAGGUGUCUGAGACGCUGCGAGAUAACCGCGACCUGCAGCACUUCCUGCAGAACACUCAAGAUCUUACUCUGUGGAUCAACGAGAAGAUGCUAACAGCUCAGGACACGUCGUACGACGAGGCCCGGAACCUGCACAGCAAGUGGCUCAAGCACCAGGCCUUCAUGGCGGAGCUGGCCUCCAACAAGGGCUGGCUGGACAAAGUGGACCAGGAGGGCCAGGAGCUGAUGGAGUCCAAGCCCGAGUUCGAGCCCAUCGUGAGGGAGCGUCUGGCUGCUCUCCACGCCCUGUGGGAGAUGCUGGAGUCCACCACACAGGAGAAGGCGCGGCUGCUGUUUGACGCCAACCGCUCUGAGCUUUUCGACCAGAGCCUGGCUGACAUGAAGAAGUGGCUGGGCGAUCUGCAGCAGCAGCUGCAGAGCGGCGACGACGUCAGUGACGUCAAAGACCUGACCAACGCCAACAUCCUCCUGAAGAAACACCAGAUGACGGAGAACCAGGUCCGAGACCGUGCACGGGAGCUGGAGGAGCUCCAGGAAGCGGUCAGGAAGCACGGUGGCGCCCGUGAGGACCAGCCCGAGCUGGAGGCGGAGCAGCAGUCCCUCCAGAUGGAGUUCCAGCAGCUCAUUGCGCCUCUGGCCCAGCGCAAGGGCAAGCUGGAGGCCGCCAAGGCCGUCCACCAGUUCUACAGGGACCUGGCUGAUGAACUUCUGUGGAUCGAAGAGAGAAUGCCGCUGGCGCUGUCGCAAGAUCACGGCAACGAGCUGCAAACGGUGCAGAUGCUGCAGAAGAGGAACCAGACGUUGCAGAGGGAGAUCGAGGGCCACCAGCCUCGCGUCAACGACGUGCUGGAGCGAGGGCGGCGGAUGGCGUCGGCCGCCGGCGAGGAGGGUGGAGCGGAGGCCGAGCGCAUCACAGAGCAGCUGCGUGACCUGGAGGACGCGUGGGCGAGGCUGCGGGAAGAGAUGGCCAAACGCAAGGACCGGCUGAACGGUUGCCGACUGGCGCAGCAGUACUACAACGACGCCGACGAGGCCGAGGCAUGGAUUGGAGAGCAGGAGCUCUACAUGAUCGCUGAAGAGAAGCCCAGGGACGAGCAGAGCGCCAUGUUGGGUCUGAAGCGUCACACCAUCCUCAAGCAGGCCGUGGACGAUUACGCCGACUCCAUCCGGAAUCUGGCGGACCGGGCCCAGAAGAUGUUCGCUGAGGACCAUCCUGACGGCGAGAAGAUCAUGAGGCGUCAGGGCCAGGUGGACAAGCAGUACGCGGGGCUGAGGGAGCUGGCCCAGGACCGCAGCAGGAAGCUGGAGCACACAUACCAGCACUUCCUGCUCAGCCGCGAGGUGGACGACCUGGAGCAGUGGAUCUCGGAGCGGGACGUGGUGGCGUCCUCUCAGGAGAUGGGCCAGGACCUGGACCACGUCACGCUGCUGAGGGAUAAAUUCCGAGAGUUUGCCCGGGAGACGGGCAUGCUGGGUCAAGAGCGGGUGGACCUGGUCAACCAGACCAUCGACGAGCUGAUUGAGGCGGGCCACAGCGAGGCGGCCACCAUGGCGGAGUGGAAGGACGGCAUCAACGAGAGUUGGGCCGACCUCCUGGAGCUCAUCGACACGCGCUCGCAGCUCCUCACGGCGUCCUACGAGCUGCUCAAGUACUUUGACGACGGCAAAGAGCUGGUGCUUCAGAUCCACGACAAGCAGAAGGAGCUUCCUGAUGACGUAGGAGAAGACUUCAGCAAAGCCGAGUCCUUCCACAGGAUGCACGCCGCCUUCGAAAGAGACAUCGGCGCUCUGGGCAAGCAGGUUCAACAGUUCCAGGAGACAGCAGCCAGGCUCCGUGCUCAGUACGCAGGAGACCGAGUGGAGGCCAUCCAGUCCACAGAGAGCGAGGUUCUGGAAGUCUGGAAAGGCCUCCUGGAUGCCUGCGAAGGCCGCAGGGCGCGGCUGCUGGACACGGCCGAGAAGUUCCGCUUCUUCACCAUGGUCAGAGACCUGAUGGCUUGGAUGGAGAGCAUCAUCCAGCAGAUAGAGACCCAGGAGAAGCCCAGGGACGUGUCCUCUGUGGAGCUCCUGCAGAAAUACCAUCAGGGAAUCCGCUCUGAGAUCGAGGCCAGGGGGGCCAAAUUCACCGACUGCACUGACUUAGGCACGGCCCUGCUGGCCCGCAAACACAGAGACUCUGCUGAGAUCAGGGAAAAGAUGACCCAGCUGGUGGACAAGCGCAAGGAGAUGAUGUUCAAGUGGGACGACCGCUGGGACUGGCUAAGACUCUUGUUGGAGGUGUGUCAGUUUGCACGUGACGCCUCAGUGGCCGAGGCCUGGCUCAUAGCGCAGGAGCCCUACGUGAGCAGCAAAGACCUGGGACACUCUGUGGAUGACGUGGAGAAGCUGCUCAAGAGGCACGAGGCCUUCGAGAAGUCCACGGCCGCCUGGGAGGAGCGUUUCUCGGCACUCGAGCGCCUCACCACGUUGGAGUUGUUGGAGCUGAGAAAGCAGCAGCAGGAAAUGGAGCAGUUUAUUAAAGACGAGCGACGCCCGGACCAAGACCGCAGGAGCGAAGACACGGGCUUUGCAGGAUCUUCGCAGCUUUUCACCGUGGAAGAAGAAACUCUGUCCACGUUGCCGGGUGACGCCACGGCGCCCGUUGAGUCCAAGAUGAAAGAGAGCGGCUCUCUGGAGCUGGAGGCGUCCGUGCCGGAAGCCCAUCGCGCCGCCACCAUGCCCGGGGAAACAACACAAGGUCAGGCGAUUCUGCAGGAGGGAAUGCUGGGACGCAAGCACGACUUGGUGGGCUCCGGGAAGAAGGCCUCCAAUAGGUCGUGGAACAACUUGUACUGCGUCCUGAAGCUCGGUCAGCUCUCGGUCUACAAGGACGGCAAAAGCGUUGGCCAGGGCGCCACUUUCCACGGCGAGGAGCCGCUGCUGCUGUCCAACGGCAGCUGGGAGCUGCUGACCAACUACAAGAAGAAGAAGCACGUGGCCAAACUACGCCUCGCCGACGGCAAUGAAUAUUUGUUCCAGUGUAAAGACGAGGAGGAGCUCCAGCGUUGGAGCCAGGCGAUGGGGAGGGCCGUCCAGCCCCUGGCCGAGGAAGAGGCGGCAGCGAGCGGGUCCUACGAGGCCACCAAAGCCCUCAGUCUGCCCCCGCUGGCCUCCUCCCCCGCCAAGAAAGACAAGAAGUUCAGUCGCUUUGCCAAGAAGAAAUAAAAGCACCAUUUGGAGGGGUCGCUGGCACGCCGUAUUUGUGUACAAUAAAUUUCAGCACGCAAAUCUAUGCAGGCUUUUUUUUGUAAUAUUUUGCCACACGUAACAUGGCUUCUAUUUAAGACAACACGUCGUCUUUGCUAUUUUUCUUUAAAGCUCCUUUUACACAACCAAAGAAUGGUGGCGUUUUUUUUAAACUGUGGCCGCAUGUACAAUUCGUGACCUUUUACAUCUGACACACACACACACACACACACACACCUUGUCAACUGUAAUCAUACCGUGGUGCAUUUGGAACACAAACUCACAAGGGGGAUUUGAAAUAAGAAGUUAUUUAAAAAUGCAUUCAGGCUCAGUAGUAUUCUAGUAGUACUUGUUCACAUCAGCACCGGGGAAUGUUAGAGCCACACUAGUAGGAACAAAAAAUACAGUAAAUACUAUGAAAAGGAUGUUACACAACGGGGGUGUACAAGUGCUGCCCAGGGGCUAUUUUCACCCGGGAAAAGUUUAGUUUUUAUUUCUCUAUCCUUCAAAGAUGACUACUUGUUACCAAAGCACUCCUCAAGUGUAAGUUGCCUUUUUUUUUUUUGUCAUUUUUGCUCUGUCAGUUUAUCCAACCUUCUGCACGCCACGCUCUCCCACUUCCUCUUCCUGGUAUGUGUGUCUCCUUUCCCUCAUGAGUCCUGCCGAGCUUUAAACAUGCACUUCUGCCACCUUGUGGACGUUUUUAUAACAUUACAAUUGCUUUCAAGCCUGAUCCACCUGUGAGGAGUUGCAUCAGCACCUCCUGAUUGGGCAUCCGGGUUUAUAAAAAAACGUAUAACUACGUUUUUGGUAUUGAAAAAAAGUAGUCUGAAUUUUUUUUAAAUCAAAAUGUCAAGUCAUUUUAAAAGGAGUAAUGUAAUCGAAUAUUUCAAAUAUCACAAAAAAGGGUUUUAUCUGAGAAAAAACAUCUUUAAAUAUUUCUACAAGUUUCGAAGUUAUAGGAAUAAAUAAGUGACGAGAAAUCGGGUAAAAGUAUUUUAUUUUGAAAGGUAACUUUCUGACAAUUGAGACAAAGUUUGUAAUUUUGAGAUUUUUGAAAAGUGUGGUACAAGAAAUCAGAAUAUUGUCAUUUAAAUGAGUGUUAUGAAAAAUAGGUUCAAAUAUUUGAUUUUUUUUAUUUUGAGAUUUUUGAAAAGUGACAUGUCAGAAUUUUUUGUAACAAAGAAAUUUAACAAGUUUUAAGAAUAAAUGAGUUAUGAGAAAUAAAAAAAAAAGAGUGAUUUUGUUUUAAAAAGGCAUUUGAUGAGAAUUAAGUUGAGACAAAAAGUCCUACACUAACUUAUUUUUGGAAAAAGGUAUGAGAAGUCAAUGUUUUUUUUGUAACCAAGAAAAGUUAUGAGAAUAAAAGAUGAGGUAUUAUGAGAAAUGGGUUACAAUAGUGUUUCUUCAACCUAUUAUUUUUAAUUUAUGAUGGAUGGUGCUAAUGUUCGCUAUUUUACUCUGAAGGGGUGUAAAGAACAUGAUGUUGGUGAAGCACACGAGUACACUUUUCAAAAUGCACACGUUUUGUUUUUAUUCCUCAAGCUUUCAUUUGCAUCGCCUUCCAACUUGGUACUAAUCUGCCUUUUGCACUUUUGUGUGAAAACAGGAAAUAGCUAAUAUUAUGACCUUUUUUCCCCUGGUGGGAGGGCAGGGGCGGAGGGCGGGCUUUUGGAAGGACACAAGCAACAAGUAUUAUUCAACAUGGAUGUACAUUUGCAAGGUUCCUGUCAUUGUUGAUCAAUUAAAGAACGAG